AAUAUUUAUCGCUUCAUAACAGAAAGACAUAAUCUACAAGUAUUUGAGGAACACUAUUAAAAUUGAAUGACGUUGCGUUAGUGGACUAUGAAAGUGUGAAGCCAAGGCAUCAUGGCAGAGUCAAAGCCAAUUGAACACGAACCGAAUGAGUCAGAUGAAGAUUGCGAGGUCUACUUCCUUAAGCCAGUCAACGAGUACAACAUUGUGGAGAAAAUCAAAGAGGCAAAUAAAGUGUUAUUUGAAGAAGUGACGAAUGGUGACCCUCAGGCUCCCUCUUCGGAUGAUAUUGAUACAGCCAGCGAUUUGAUAGCAGAUGCAGAGGCAGGCGCAUCACUACGCAAAGUGACUUUUGCGCCAAAUUUAGAAACUUACGAGCCAGACAAUGCCCUUUUAGAAACUUUACAGCUUACACGCGAAUUCGAAGAAGCUGUAGCCGAAGCAAAAGAGCUCGAUCGCACAUUAACAACUAUUUGCGAAUAUCAAACGAUCGUCGAAGAAGCCACAAACCCAAGCGGCGAAGAGAAAGUAGACAUAAACGUUGAUGCAGCCGAUCAACGCAUUGCGGAAACACUACUUUCAAAAGAGUUAACGGAAACGGACACAGCUGCUAUGCAGGCGCCAUUAGACGAAGCGCCGAUCAGUAAUAAACCCGCACAUUUACCAACUAAGUCAGAUGUUGAAGAUGAUAUUGUAGAGGAGAUUUGUGAAGAAAUUAUAGUUAUGGAUAUGGAGAACGAGCAAACACUGUCAGAUACGCAGAAUACGCAAGCGAUUAAUCCGCGACGCAUGGUGAAGAUGCGUACAUUCGAUUGCGCCGAAGAGGAUUCCGCGGAUACGGUUGAGACAGAGCAGGAUAAUAAAAGUUUAGUUAACCUUCUCACCUCUGAUGGCGAGGAGGAGUGCUGUAGUGCGGUCACAUUCGAUAUUAGCGUCGACAAUAGUGAUUUAGAUGUGGACGAUAUUGAUGCAGAUAUAAGCACAAAUGAAGUUGAUGCCAAAACCAACGCAGAUACCGAUGAAGAAGUGAAUUUCACCAAUAACGAAGUCACACAUACGGAAGGUUACGGCGAUGAUGAAAAUACAGAAGACGAUGAUCUCUCAAUAAUAGUUGCAUCCUACCUGACCGAUGAUUUCGAUCAGAAAAGCUUGAGCAGUGGCCGACUGAAACCCACAAAGAAAUCACAUCUACUAGCGCCAUUGAGUAAAGGCUUCUCUUUUUGCCGCAAGCCGUUUACGCAUAAUGCCAUCGGUACAACUUGUGCUGAUUCCGCCGAAAAUGGUAGCAGCAACAGCGCUACGUCACGUGUUCGCCGACAACAUCUACCACCACCGGAAGUUACCGAUUUGAAGUUGAAUUAUCGCACCUGUUGCGAAUAUCGACGUCAGCUGUCGCAGCCUGAAAAACUUCCAAAAUACACUGGGUAUCUCUCCGAGUACGGCCUGAGUCGCCAACAGCUGGAGCUGCGUGAAGAGAAUUUGAAGCGUAGGCAACGCUAUACACUUAAACAGGCUCUGAAGGCAACCGAUGCGGAAAUGCGUAAAAUGCAUGACAAUGAACGAGCCUUCACAACGUGGCUGCGUAACAAAAUGCGCUUCCCUAUCAAUAAGACGCGCAACAUGUUCGAUGUGAAGCGCCGCAGCUUGGAUGCCGGCAUUGGAGGCGGCGAAAUUUGUGGCGCUAACAGUGCAGUCCGCAAUGCUAGUGGAAAACGGAAAUGAUUCGGGAUUGACUGUGUGACAGAUGAUGAUUUGAAGUUUUUUCUAUCAAAAAAUUAUCAGGUUGAAUUUAAAUUUAUAUACAAUUUUGUUAAAUAUCAAGUAGUUGUUCUAAAAUUGUGCUUUUAUUCGUAAUUAUGAUCCUAGAAAAUCUGAAUGAUAUAGAGCGUAGGGGCAUCGAACAAGACAAUUUUUGUCUAUUCGUCAUAAUUGGACUUCCAAACCUACAGUUACUGACACAUAUGUAU